UAAAACUCAAAGCUUCUUAUAAAAUAAUUUAAGAGUUCAUUCACAAUUCUCCUCAUUAGGCAACAAAUAAACAUUGUUCAACCACCCCAUUUAUCAUCAUCCAUUUUAUAUAGGGUCAAAUUCAAAUACUAUUUUGGAUUUGAUCUAAUUGGUGUUUGAAGUGUUUCCAAUUAGCCAUAUACAACAGUAUAAGAUAAAUUGAAAUAUCAAGAUCAUGGAGAAGGUAACAAGGUUGGCAUCUGAAAAGGGUGUGGUGAUAUUCACAAAGAGUUCAUGUUGCCUAUGCUAUGCUGUGAACAUUCUGUUCCAAGAACUUGGGGUGAACCCAACAAUUCAUGAGAUUGAUAAGGACAAUGAAGGAAGAGACAUGGAAAAAGCUUUAACAAGGCUUGGUUGCACUGCACCUGUCCCUGCAGUGUUCAUCGGAGGCAAGCUUGUGGGCUCCACCAAUGAAGUUAUGUCCCUUCAUCUUAGUGGCUCCCUCAUCCCACUCCUCAAGCCAUAUAGUGCUACUUUAUCUUGAACAAAUUAAUAUUAUUCUAUUAACUAAUUAAUUAAUGUACCUUAAUUAGUUAAUUAGCUUAUUGGACAAGAAGGAGAAUAAUGGCUCAAAUCAUAUAUAGGGUGUUGUAAUGAUGAGCUUAAUUACUUUUAAUUAAUUAACUAUUAUUGUUAAUUAGUUGAUAUAUGUAUUAUUAUGAUGGGUAAUGUUGUGAAGUGGGUUAAUUUCUAGCUCUCUGAUCUCUUCUAGCCAAAUUGAUCAUGUUAUAUAUAGCCAUAUUACAAUGUAAUGUGCUAAAUAUUCUUAAUGAAGUUUAUUUUGUGUGUA